UCAGGCCCAAAAUAGCCAGGAGAAGAGCCAUUUCGGAUAAUAUCGGGAUGGAAAUCGGGGGGAAUCGAAUCGAGCAAAUUUUAUCCCUAUAGGGAUGAUUCUUAUGAAAAGGGAUUUCACUCAGGUUCGAUAGUACAUAUAGCCACGAGGCAUCAUGUAUAAAGGAAUACUAUAUAUUUACCUCAUUUCAUCUUCCUCUUCUAAGCCUAGGAGACAUUUCGGUUCACAAGAUGAAAGUGCUCGUUCUAGGAAUGCCCCGCACAGGCACUCAAUCCCUCGCGGAUGCUCUUGAGCGACUAGGCAUCUCGCCCGUGUAUCACAUGCGGGAGGUAGGCAAGAACAAGCACCAGGCCUUCUGGAUCGAAGCUCUCGAUGCCAAGUUCGAAGGCAGGGGAGAACCUUUCAACCGUGAAAAGUUCGAUCAGAUCCUUAGACCUUAUGAGGCCCUGGCCGACUACCCAGCCGCCAUCUUCCCUGAGGAGCUCAUGGCCGCGUAUCCAGAAGCAUCCGUCAUCCUCUCAGUACGGCGCUCCGAGGACGAAUGGCUAGUUUCGAUGGAGUCGACUCUCUGGCACGCCCACACCCACGCCCCGUCCCCCAACCCCUCGCCCAUGGCCGGCUUAUCCGAGAAAUACCACCGCCACUGCUGGGCCAACGACCUGCCCGGCCGCGGCCGCGCCGCGUACCGCGCCCACAACGCGCUCGUGCGCCGGCUCGCGCGGGACCCGGACCAGCAGAAGAAGUACCUCGAGUACGCGCCGGGAGACGGGUGGGCGCCGCUCUGCGCGUUCCUGGGCGUGGAGGAGGAGAGGCGGCCCGGGGCAGAUGAGCCGUUUCCGAGGAGUGAUGAUUGGGUUGGGUAUAAGAGGGAAGUGAUGAAAGAGAAGGAGAGGGGACAGGAGGGGGGAGAGGGCGGGGGGGGGCCGAGAAGGGUGAGAAUGGUAGGUAGAUUGCGAUAAUCCGUAGGAAAAGGGAAGGUCGGGAUGCGUGUAAGAACUACCUAGUUGUUAGAUUCUGGACGGCGGAGCUUGUGGUUCUUGGAGGCGAUUUAGGGGGUAAGGGGAUACUCUUUAGCUCUCUACAUCAAGGCUGCGGUGAAGAGGAGGGUAGGUGGAUGACUCGACAAUAAUUCGACUUCAGCUCAUCUAAACGGAUUGUCCAUUUUACUGUACGAUGAUAUGGUAUACGGAAAUAUGUGAUAUCCAUAUAUGACUAUCAGGCUGAGCUAUUUUCUAGGACGCCCUAGAACUGCCCAUGGUAAUAUUUAUCCUAUCCCAAUAAUUCUUACCGCCAUUACUUGUUCAAAUCGAUCUACUUUUGGAUAGGAAUUCAGAGUUUAGUUUUAAACGAGC